GCGAUUGAAAGAAUCCUGUGGUCAACCAAAAUCUGAAUGCACAUUAUUCGCAGAGAACACCAUCUCGGGCAUAUCAUCAUCCAAAGGAGACCAUCAUUCACAGGCAUGUCUCAAGAGCAGGCCAUCUCUGGGGGUGGCGACUCCUCCUCCUCCUCCCAGUCGGUACAGGCCCGCCGAAACCUCUUCGACGAAGGCUUAGCCAUCCGCGCCGAGGUCACGGGGGCCCAGCAUGUGGAGAGAUCGUGGACCAACGCGUCGGACUUCUCCCGGCCGAUGCAGGAGCUAGCAACUCAAGCAGGCUGGGGACUCAUCUGGGGCCGGCCGGGGCUCGACCGGCGGACACGGUCCCUGCUGAACGUGGCCAUGCUCGUCGCGUUGGGCAAGGACACAGAGCUCGCAGUGCACGUGAGAGGGGCGAUCGGGAAUGGGGCUACCGAGACGGAGAUCCAGGAGGCCAUCAUGCAGGCCUCGAUUUAUUCUGGGUUGCCGGCGGGUCUGGCGGGGACUCGUGUGGCCGACAAGGCGCUGCAGGAGUUGAAGGAUGAGAAGGAGAAGAAGCAGACAGGUUCUUGAGCAGCACAUGGCAAGAUCGGCUGUAGAAGCCUGAGAUAGUGUACAGCUCCAAGGCUUCAAGGUUGCCUUCAACGCGGACCGCUGCCGUCAACUGGUGUUAGCCAUGUCAUCUUGGUCGACAACAUUGAACCUCGU